GAAAAAGAAAUGGUUUCCUCUUAUCUAAGGUGGGAACCACUCCUGCUCCUUGCUGAAGUUACCUUGGCAAAUGACGUGUCGGUGACCUGGGACAGCUUCCCGUUGUCUUUGUCUCCAAUAUCUUUAGGGAAAAAUCGGCACAAACGCAGGAUCUUCCGUACAGGACGCUGCCCCUCCCAGUUCAGUGGAGCUUUCCUGAAGAAGCUCUGGAUGUCAGCUGUGUCAUGCUCAUGCGCUUGGUUCUCUUUCUUGCUUCCCUGCUGGCUCAGAGGACAGGAGGCGCCGGGAGCGGGAGGACCAGAUGUACCGAGAGCGGCUUCGGACCUUGCUGGUCAUCGCGGUUGUCAUGAGCCUUCUGAACGCCCUCAGCUCCAGCGGGGGCAGCAUUUCCUGGAACGACUUUGUCCACGAGAUGCUGGCGAAGGGCGAGGUGCAGCGCGUCCAGGUGGUGCCUGAGAGCGACGUGGUGGAAGUCUACCUGCACCCUGGAGCGGUGGUGUUUGGGCGGCCUCGGCUAGCCUUGAUGUACCGAAUGCAGGUUGCAAAUAUCGACAGGUUUGAAGAGAAGCUUCGAGCAGCUGAAGAUGAGCUGAAUAUCGAGGGCAAGGAUAGGAUUCCGGUUACCUACAAGCGAACGGGAUUCUUUGGAAAUGCCCUGUAUGCCCUGGGGAUGACAGCAGUGGGCCUGGCCAUCCUGUGGUACCUUUUCCGCCUGGCUGGAAUGACUGGAAGGGAAGGUGGAUUCAGUGCUUUUAAUCAGCUUAAAAUGGCUCGUUUCACGAUUGUGGAUGGGAAGAUGGGGAAAGGGGUCAGCUUCAAAGACGUAGCAGGAAUGCACGAAGCCAAGCUGGAAGUGCGAGAGUUCGUGGAUUAUCUGAAGGUGAGAGCCAGCGCUGACCAGGAGGGAGACGUGAGCAGACAGAUGGUCUGCCUUCUCUCCCGGAAGGCCUUUUGAGGGGAUCAGAGCCUUGGGACUCGGAAUUCCAUCGAUUACAUGUGGUGGAUUGGUGGUGGCCUCUACCCUGUCCCGUGGGGACACCAGGCAGGUGCUGGUGCCCGUUCAACCAGCAGCGCAAGCUCCGUGCACAGCGUUCAGCCAAGGGGAGGGGCCGAGGCCCAUGCUUGCUGUGCCGUUAGCCAUCCUGGAUUCCUGGCAGAGCUCUGUGCUUUUCCCAGAACCACGUAAACCCCAUACGGAGUUCAUGGCAGUGCAUGACCUGGCUUUCAUGUGCAUCACUUCAACAUCCUCUCUGAGGGUGUGGUGCAGUGGGUCAUGCCUGUAGUCCUGGCACCUCAGGAGGCU